CGCUUAUACUUGCUCACACGUAUGAUACAAUCAAAUGCAAACAGCCUCGCGCGCGCGCGCGCGCGCGCACACACACACGCGCGCAUGCACUCGCAGUUUUUAUGGCACACGAAUAUGAGAUAUAUUUACUUGCAAAAACGUCUAUUUUCAACUUGAAUUUCCAUUUGGAGCUAAGUGAAAUGGAAACAAUUCAGUAGCUUCGGAGAAGAGCGAAUUUUUUAUUUUAAAUUUUCUGUUUUGCACCUGUGCUCGUCGCAAUAAUGGGAAAAAUAACAGUGGGUAUUUGCAGAUAAAUUGAAAUGUUGCUGGCAAAUGGUAAUACAUUGAAAAGUAAACUGCUUGAGAAGUCGAAUGAAUGAAGAAGAAAAAAAUUGCUUAAGAAUGGAGAAAUAAGUAUCGCGUAGGAUUUUUCAUCGAUAUUGCUCGAAAAUGCUUCCCAGGUCAAAUUUGUCAAAGAUUUUUGUUCGAUACUUUCACGAGAAAUGCGUUCCAUAUGUUGAAGGAGAUUCGGUUGACUCUUACGACUCCAAACUCCGAAAUUUUUUCAGCUCGUUUGGAGGUAUCUUUUGAAACUCGAAGUAGCCGGUGGCAGCCACCGGCUGGAGCUCACUCACUUUCUCUACUGGAAAGAGAAACAUUUAGCGAAUUUGUAGAAUCACCACGCGAUGUGAAAAGUCAUCCAAGAUUUUUCAUGCGAAGGAGCAAAUAAAACAUUGGAUGCGCGUCUAGCAUCACGCUGCAAGUGAAUUUUACAAUUUCUUUUACACCAUAAAUUUACUUAAACGACCCUCCCGACGGUCACUGGUAAACACUUUUUUCAAAAUUUAUUCCAACUUUCGAAAAGUGCUACACAGACUGACAUAUAAUUUCUCGUGUGAAUGGAAGAAAUACGUGAAAAGGAGUGACGAAAGAUCUAAUUUUAAAUUCUGGGUGGCAUCUUCUCUGAGGUCAAGCACACACUCGAGAUAAAAGCGAGCUGGCACGAAGCAUCGGAGAAUAUGGACGAGGGAGCAGCGAGCGUUGCUCUUAGCUACGCGAAUAAUUUCGAGGGGUGCGGGGCCUCGGGAUUCAACAUCUGCGCUGAUUUGAUACUGACUCACGGAUCUCUGCUUAAUGUAAAGGUUACGAGCACUCCGGAAAUUGAUGAUUUUAUCGAAAAUAUGACAGCAGGCGAAGUGAGAAGUGUGCCGAUGAGUCUGCGAGAGAAUUUAAAAGUUCGCGUUUACCGUCAGCGAGAAGCUGCGAGCAAAAUCGAUAAAGAAAAUAGAAAAAUGUCGACGAGGUUUUGCGAAAAAUCGGUGGAGAAUUCGAGCCUAGAAAUCGUCGAGGCUGAAGGUUCCGUUAUAGCGGCCUGGAAAUGCCCGCUUUUGGAUAACACUUUUCGGGAAGUUUUGAGCGGUUGGAGCUUCGAUAAAACUCGAAAAAAUGAGAGAUCGUUACUUCCCAUUUUCGUAAUUGUACAACUGGAUCGAAAAAAUCGUCCGAAUAUUUCCCUUGAAAAAGAGGCCUCGAGGGCUCGAAGAGCUCUCAACCGUUUCGUCGAGCGCAUCGACCAUCCGCUGAUGAAUCCACCGCGUGGUGCCAGCCUCGAAAUACUAUCGACUCCUUUUGGAAAUCCCGUUUUUAUUAAUUCCGCAUCACGCGGUGUCGUUAGCAACGUAUUUGGAGAUGACGGAUGUAUUAUGCUAACAGACGCAAAUGCCGUCCCGGGCUCCGAGGGAGCUCCCAUCUACGUCAUUCAGACCGAGAAUAAAAAAAGCUGUAUAUGCGGAAUGGUGAUUGCCCCGUUGAGUUGGUGCCGCGGUGAAUGGGUCGAUUACACAUUCGCCGCUAAUUUACUUCCUUGCUUACGAUCUUUGUUGCGAUCAAGAUGCCUCGAUCGAUACGUCGAUGAGCCCAAAUCGAGAAUCGCUGAUUUGGUAGAUCAGAGUUUGGUGUUGGUCAGAUGCGGAGGUUCUUGGGGCACCGGUAUAAUAUUCGACGCUGGAACUGGGACGAUAAUCACAUGCUCUCACGUCGUUCGGAAGGCGCCGGAGAGUCGGAUCAAGGUCGUCCUUCGUCGUGGCGACGAUUCGGUAGCCUCAGGGUCAUCACCGACGUCGUCGUCGUCGUCGUCGUCGUCGUCGUGGGCGAAAUUGCUUUAUCGUACGGCCGAAGAAGAGCCUUACGAUGUCGCGGUACUGAAGCUCGAUCCACGAGAUAUCGAACCCAUGCUGAGAUCCAUCAAGAUCGCUACACGUCAAUCCGCUUUUCGAGGUGAAUUAGUCGCGAGUGCCGGAUUCCCGUUUUUCUCAUCGCGUUUUCCAACAAUAACGCGCGGCAACGUGUCCGCAAUAAGCGAUUGUAUGUUACGUACAACCUGCUGCGUUCAAAGUGGAUCAAGCGGCGGUCCGAUAGUCCGAUGGUCCAACGGUGAAAUGUUGGGAAUGGUUGUGUGCAACGCGAUCGCGAAAAACGAGACAAAACUCUAUCCUCGUCUCAACAUGGCCGUUCCCGUCUCCAUACUCGAGCCUCCGAUUAGCGAAUAUCUCAGAACUGGCGAAGUCAAAGCUCUGGACGCUCUCGGGAAUCAAGAUCUCGGAGUUAAAAGAACAUGGAAUUUUUAUCGAUUGCCGUCUUCAAAAAUCUGAGAGAACAGCAAACAUCCCGUCAAAAUGAAAAGGACGGAGUAUAAAAAAGCUGAUUCCUUUAUUAAAGUUCUUCAAGUGUACUCGGUCACACAAUCAAGAAACAAAAAUUCCAUUUCUGGGAGGCAGCCCCAAGAGUUGGUCCAAAAUAAUAAUAUAAAAUUUGAUUAUCCUCGUUUCGAAUCCAUUCAAAUUCGAAUGGCCACACAAACUUUUUUGGUGUAACAUUAAAAGAUUUUUUAAUAGAUUGAAAA